AGAGCUUGUUUUGGAGGACGUGAACAGAUCUCGGCUAGCGGAUUAGCACGUUAGCUUGACAGGAAAACGCAAGCGUCAACGCUAACAGGGCGAAAACGGACCAUUGUACCAACGAAGAGACCACAUCGCCUCUGUUUAGCACGAAGAGAGAGAGGUAUACGUCGGCAGUGGCAGUGUUGACUUUGACAAACAGAGUUAGCUGCGAAGCUAACUAUCGGAGAUAAUUUAGCUGUCGACGCUUUAAACGUGUUGUUUUCGGACGGCAGACGUUUAUCGGAGCUGUUAGCUAGCCUGCGCGUGAGCUAACGCUUCCAACCGAGGCAGAAGAAAAGUCCAGUUUUGAUUUUUGUUUUUUCACCGCAGGAUCUUUGCCCAGCUGUGGCACAAUGACAUCAAGGAAGAAAGUACUACUGAAAGUCAUCAUCCUCGGAGACUCUGGAGUUGGGAAGACCUCGUUGAUGAACCAGUAUGUGAAUAAGAAGUUCAGUAACCAGUACAAAGCCACAAUAGGUGCUGAUUUCCUGACGAAAGAAGUCAUGGUGGAUGACAGACUUGUCACAAUGCAGAUUUGGGACACAGCCGGUCAAGAGAGGUUCCAGUCCUUAGGCGUAGCGUUCUACCGCGGAGCAGACUGCUGCGUGCUGGUGUUCGACGUGACGGCACCCAACACCUUCAAGACUCUAGACAGCUGGAGGGACGAGUUCUUGAUCCAGGCCAGCCCUCGAGACCCGGAGAAUUUCCCCUUUGUGGUGCUGGGCAACAAGAUAGACCUGGAGAACAGACAGGUGACAACCAAGCGAGCACAGGCUUGGUGUCAAAGCAAGAACAACAUCCCAUAUUUCGAAACCAGCGCCAAGGAGGCAAUCAAUGUGGAGCAGGCCUUCCAGACUAUCGCACGCAACGCCCUAAAACAGGAGACCGAAGUGGAGUUGUACAACGAGUUCCCUGAGCCGAUAAAGCUGGACAGGAACGAGCGAGCCAAGCCGUCAGCGGAGACCUGCAGCUGCUGAGGGCUCUGGAGAUCUUCAGGGUGGGUGGGGGGGGCAGGCUGUCUCUGCCCCUCACUACCCUUUCUUGCCUUGUCUAUGUAUCCCUUAUCCCAUGGCCCACUGUGUUAAUCCCUAAAGCCCAACAUACAAGCAGCAUCCCACUCAUCGAGUAUACUACAAAACAAACAUGCUGCACUCACCUCCUUAUGUAUACAAAACACACAUUUUCUAUAAAAUAGGAGUCUCCUAGCCCAAAGAACACCUAAAGGAAACAUCACGGAGUCCACUUGUACGAUGAUUAUUACUUCCCGGUGUUUCCCCACGUACUUUUUCAUGGCGGUGGUGGUUUGGGCUGACCUUGUUUUUGGUUCCAUAUAUAGCGCUGCUUUUAUGCCCAGUUUUGGUUGUAACUCCUUUUUUUUUUUUUUUGGGUAAAAUCAAAACAUAUCUUCACGUUUGUGUUGAGAGGAAACACUCCUCCCCCCGCCCCCCCCCCAUUUUGUUUGUCAUUUGUGUUGUGGCUUAAAUUUGUUUGACCACGGUUUCACUUUACCUCAUAAAGUCUAAAAAAUAUAUAAGUCAGCUGAAGGAGCAGAAUGUGUGAAGGUGCAUGUGGGUCACAAUAAUAUGCUGCCUGCUGAUUCUUGUUAAUUGGCACAUAAUUGAAAAUCUAGUUCCAUGACAGGAGUUUUUUUUUUGCACUUUGCUGUCAUCCACAAUUACUUAAGACUCCAUUCUUAAGAAUCUCCCUUUGGAGCCACAAUAAAUGCAGAUGUAGCUCAGGUUGAGGACAUUGUGUGAGUUCAGACUCGGCUCCUUGACAUAAGUGCUGUCCCUGACACGCUAUUUGCUGCUCCUCUAUUGGGGAAAAAUAAGGUUCAUCUCGUAAUCAGUUAUUCUUGGUACAACAUCUGUCGUGGGAAUGAACCAAAUGAAGACAGCGUGUCAUUCUACCCGAUGGCCCCCG